AAAUUCUGCAGCCGUCCCCGGAAGUUACGGUCGACAGACUGAAAUAGGAAGGUUGAACUAAACUGUCUCAAAUCCAGACCAUCUACUGUAUUUGAACUGUGGGUUGAGCCCUGUCACCUCACGGAGACGGUUUAUGCACUGACUACGAAAAUACGCGAAAAUGUUCCUUUACAUCCUUGCACUGGUGGCUGUUUGGUUCAUCUACCGAUGGUUCAAAGAAACCAAGCGAGUUCCCAACCAGGGGGACAAAUAUGUCUACAUCACAGGCUGCGACUCUGGCUUCGGUAACAAACUGGCGCGUCAUCUGGACCAGCUGGGCUUCCGCGUGAUUGCAGGCUGCUACACCGAGACGGGUGAAGUUCAGUUGAAGAAGCUCUGCUCUGAACGACUCAACACCGUGUCCCUGGAUGUCACCAAAUCUGAAAGUGUUGCCAAGGCAGCAGCUUUCAUCAAGACUCUAGUUGAGGAGAAGGGCCUGUGGGCGGUUGUGAACAACGCUGGAGUCGGUGUUCCAUCCGGUCCCAAUGACUGGCUCACUAUUGAGGAUUUCAAGUCUAUGCUGGCGGUCAAUCUGAAUGGUGUGAUUGACAUAACACUGAGCGUCCUCCCCCUCAUCAAGAAGGCUAGGGGCAGAGUGGUAAACGUUGCCAGCGUGUUCGGGCGUAUAAGUCCGUUUGGUGGACCUUAUUGUGUGUCCAAGUAUGGAGUGGAGGCCUUCAAUGACUGUCUGCGCUUAAACAUGGCUCCAUUUGGAGUCAAAGUCCUGUGCAUCGAGCCGGGCUUCUUCAAGACCAGCGUGACCGACACAGCCUUAGUGAAGAACAGUUUGAAGAAGCUCUGGGACAAAUUACCUCAGGAUGUGCAGGAGGAAUAUGGACAUGCUUUCUUAGAGAAAACUCUUGAGGGGGUGGACGAAAGGUUCAGUCAGCUUACAGACGGUGACCUGAUGAAGGUUGUUGGAUGUAUGGAGCACGCCGUCGCUGCUGUUCACCCCCGCUACCGCUACUCCCCAGGAUGGGACGCCAAGUUCUUCUGGUUGCCCAUGUCGUACCUGCCGACCUUCAUCACAGACGCAUUUUUCCUGAAGCACUCCCCUAAACCCAAGAAAUCCGUUCUGUAAUCUUUAUUAGCAACAGCAAUGUUUCUCUAGCAAGUGGCUGACAGUGGAAAGACCACUCUUUCCUUUAUUCAUGCUCUAAAAGAUGGACAGCAUUGAAGUGAUAUCAGUGGAAAACAUGCAUCACAUUUGACUGGUUGAACUGUUAGUCCAUUCUGUGAACAUUUUAAUCUUUUAUUCUGGAAGUUCUGUGGAUUCAAGUUGACUAUUCAUUAUUUUUAGCAGCGUUUGUAACUAUAGCUCAGAGAAGCGCUGAAUGUUGAUCGGUGGUGAAAGGCCAAUGCAGUUGUCACAAUCAGGAGUCAUGUAAUCUUGUUUAUCCUAUUGCUCAAUGUCAUGCUGGCGAACCAUUAACUCCUGCUGAAUGGACCUUAUGGACUCUGAGUCUGGAGCAGCAUUACUCCCCCUGGAGCUGCAAGCUUUUGUUUGUGGAAGAGCUUUGGGAAUUUAUUCAGUUUGAGCAGGAAAUGAGGAGGCGGCUCCACCGAAACGAGCAGUGAACAUGGUAUGUUGGGAGAUGCAUCUUUCUUCUAAUUGGAUGUAAAAUAGGAGGCAAGUGUCACUGACGGCAAAGGGUUAAAAUGAGGUUUUUGUUUUGGCCAUUGUAAUUUAAUCCAAACUAUUGCCCUCUUGUGGUUGAUGGUUUGUCUUUUUUUAACCUGUCUGAUAUCUCGCACUUCAGAGUUAAGUCAGGGGAAACCGAACAAAAAAAAAAAACUUUGAUUCCAUAUCAAAUUCCAAGUAUUUGAACUCUAAGAGAGAGAAAUGUGCUGCAUUUUCUACACUUUUGUAUUCCACUCAGGUCAAAUGUCAAGGUGCCUUAAAACAAAGCAGUGGUUUACGCUUUUGCAGAUUUUUUAGUAUGAAAAGAAUGGAUAAAUUUACUUAUGAAUUGAAAUUUUGUAUAGAACUUUGUCCUGUGGGGUUUGUAUUUCUGAUGUGUUUAAACUGAAGCGGGUGUGCGUGCGAUAAAUGAGCUGGACUGUGCAGACAUAAAUCAGUGAAUAAUGAAAUAAAUGAGUAAAGUUGAAAAUAAAUGCUGUUUGCC